CGGCGAUAUGCCUCCUCUGUGGUCGGGGGCGGCAGCUAUGGAGGGGCAGCGUGUGGCAUGGGCUACGGCGGGGGCAUGAGCGCUGGCAGCCUUGGAGGGGGCUUUGCUGGGAGCUUUCCAGGGAGCUUUGGUGCUGGGGGAGACAUGCUUCUGAAUGGCAAUGAGAAGGUCACCAUGCAGAACCUCAACGACCGCCUGGCUGCUUACCUGGACAAGGUGCGAAGGCUGGAGGAGGAGAAUGCUCAGCUGGAGCAUCACAUCCGGGAGUGGUACAGGAAACAAGCACCUACUGCUUCAAAGGACUACAGCUCCUACUACCAGGCCAUUGAACAACUGCAAAACCAGAUCAUUUCUGCCACUGUGGACAAUAACAGACUGCUGCUGGACAUCGACAACAGCAAGAUGACUGCCGAUGACUUCCGGAUGAAGUAUGAGAACGAGCUGGUCAUCCGCCAGACCGUGGAGGCUGACAUCAAUGGCUUGAGAAAUCUCAUGGAUGACCUGACUCUGGUUAGAUCUUCACUGGAAUCUGAGCUGGAGUCCCUGAAGGAUGAGCUUAUUGCUCUGAAGAGAAACCAUGAGGAGGAACUGAGGCAGCUGCAGUCUCAAACCAGUGGUGAUGUGAGUGUGGAGGUCAAUGCUGCCCCUGGCCAAGACUUGACCAAGAUCCUGAAUGACCUGAGAAGUGAAUAUGAGCAGAUCAUUGAGAAGAACAGAAGGGAGGUGGAGCAGUGGUAUGAAGUCAAGAUGGAAGAGGUCAAUCAGCAGGUCACUUCCAGCAGUCAGGACAUCCAGACAAGCAGCCACCAGCUCACCGAGCUGCGACGAGAGAUGCAGAACCUGGAGAUUGAGCUGCAGGCACAGCUCAGCACUAAAAGCUCUCUGGAAAACUCCCUGGCAGAAACUGAGACUCGCUACGGCUGCCUGCUGCAACAGCUCCAGGGGCAGAUCCACUCUCUCCAGGGGCAGAUCAAUUCCGUGGAGGAGGAGCUGGCCAGCAUCCGCUGCGAGAUGGAGAGCCAGAACCAGGAGUACAAGAUGCUGCUGGGCAUCAAGAGCCGCCUGGAGCAGGAGAUCCAGCAGUACCGGGCACUGCUGCAGGAGGGACAGCAGGACAUCGCUGCCUCCCAAGCAGCUUUCCAAGGAGGUGGAAAAUCUUCCCAAUCAUAUUCUGUUUCCUACUCUCACUCCCAGUGUGGGGACAUGGCAGGGCAGUCACGAGUGUGCUAG